AUGACUGGCGGGAAUAUUGCUUCAGCUUUGUAUCUUCGCUCGUUAUCAACGUCCAGAUUAUUUCGAUUUAAAACCGCCAUGGGAAAGAACAACAGAAGGAAGGCUGAACAGCCAGGAGAAGACUCACUCAUCUUACAGCUCGCCUCUCCAGGGAUUGUAGACACUCAUUGCCACCUCCUUUCAACUUAUGCAACACACUUCUCCAAAUAUCCCCAAACGAAGCUUCUCACCCUUCACGAUUUUGCGCGGGAGGUGUACACGAAGCCAAUACCCCCACCAACAUCUCUUAACGAUCACAGAGCUAGCUUCAAACGACAUAAGAUUGAUGCCAUCAUAGACGUGUGGUGCGAAGCUCCGGUACGGAAAGAAUGGAAGGAGCUGGCUGAUAGCGCCCUGAGCGCAGAAGCUAGGGAACAGCAAUGGAACGGACUGGACUAUUAUUUCGUCCUGGGCGUCCACCCACACGAGGCUAAAUCAUACGAUGACAAAGUGGAAGCGGACAUAUUGGAGGCAAUGGAACAUCCACGAUGCGUAGGGUGGGGGGAGAUUGGGCUGGACUAUCAUUAUAAUCUAUCGCCACCGGACGUCCAGCGUUCGGUCCUCACUCGCCAACUUCAGCUUGCAGUUACACUAGGGAAACCUAUAACAAUUCAUACGCGCGAAGCAGACAAAGAUAUAGAGGAGAUUCUGAAAGCUGUCGUUCCGAGAGAGCAUCCUAUCCAUGUCCACUGUUUUACAGACAGUGUUGAAUUAGCGAAGAGCUUGCUAGAACAUUUCCCCAAUCUCUAUGUCGGAAUAACAGGUGUCAUCACAUACGCCACCAACCAGAACACUUCCGCUGUCAUAAAACACCUCUUAGAUGCAACCCACUCGGCUAGUUCGCCUCCUCGAAUCCUCAUGGAGACGGAUUCGCCGUACAUGGUACCAUCAAAUCUGACUUCGCAGACGCUUGGAUUAAAGUCGGGUCAAAAAUUACCCGCCUCUCAUUCGGGUAUGAUACCUUGGACCGCUGAAUUUAUAGCGAAUCUCGCUGGGGACGGUUGGGACGCGGAUAAAGUGUUGGCCGUUUCGAGAGAGAAUACAAGGGCUGUUUAUGGCGUGUAGGACUUUAGCCAGGGUCUGGUGCAGCACUCCGGGCCACAGCGCUAGCAUGGGAAAGACUGGCAGAAGGUGCUCGGUGACUUUAUGUUAAAGGAAAUAAUCGUGCAGCAACUGCCUUUUGGUUGAUGAGGUCACAAGUUUUCGUGUAGUUCCGGGCGCAAAUGGGGGCGCCGGGCUUGUGCGCUUGCGCCUCGUGCGCAGCAUUCAUUAUGUAGAAGACGAGCGGUAGUGAGCGCCAAUUGGGAGUUUCAAUGAGUAUCAUCUAUUAUACUAGCCAGCCGGGAAGAUCACAUCCAGAAGUUCACUAACACGACCUAUGACCUGCACGCAACGGUUUGGUAGGGUCUCAAUUGACGUGUGAGAUGGC